GUGCAAUUGUGUGUACAAAGAGCAUAAUUGUUGAAAAUAAACCUUUUCUGUGCGGUUAAAGAUUUGGGAGUUGGCUGCGCGGCUCCGCCUGAGCUUUAGCACAGCUGCUCUAAAACCCCUCUCCGCUAGGGCUUUUCCCUCCAUCGGAUCAUUCAAAUUGCAGCGCCCCGUUCUCCGUUAAGGCAUUCUCCUGCCUAGAGCUCCAAUCCAAUUGGCAAAGACUCAGGAGUGAUGGUGUCACCGAAGCUCCUACUCUCUUUAAUAGAGUCCUCUCUGCUGGGCCCCACUCCGGCUCCGCCGUCUCAGAGGGUGGAGCUGCUUCACGCCGUCCGACACUCCAUGUCUUCCCUCCGUUCGCUCCUCUCCUACCCGCCUCCAAAGCCCUCAGACAGAGCUCAAGUACAGUCAAAAGAAGUCAGGCUUUCGGAUUCAGGGCGGAUAUCACUGGAUGACCAGGAUGUUCAGAUAGCUUUAAAGUUGAGCGAUGAUCUCCAUCUUAACGAGGUAGAUUGCGUGAGAUUACUUAUUUCUGCUAAUCAAGAGUGGGGAUUACUGGGACGAGAUCCUUUAGAAAUUCUGCGCCUUGCUGCGGGCCUUUGGUAUACUGAGAGAAGAGAUCUCAUAACAGCUCUUUACACACUAUUAAGGGGUGUUGUCCUUGAUCAAGGAGUCGAUGCUGAUCUUGUAGCAGAUCUACAUAGAUACUUGGAGGAUCUCAUUAACGGAGGUGUUAGACAGCGGCUGAUUACACUGAUUAAGGAGCUUAAUCGAGAAGAACCGGCUGGUUUGGGUGGGCCAAACUGUGAUCUCUAUGUUCUUGACUCAAGAGGUGCUUUAGUGGAACGGAAAGCUGUAGUUGCUAGGGAAAGGCUCAUUCUUACUCAUUGCCUGGUCCUUUCUGUUUUGAUUGUACGGGCAAGUCCUACAGAUAUAAAAGACAUCCUCAGUGCUCUGAAAGACAGUGCAGUUGAUCUUAGUUGUAACACUGAUACAUUAAAACAUCAGAUAACACAUGGCCUCCUUUUCUCUCUCGUGAUCUCUUUAGUAUCAGAUGCAUUGAGUUCAGUUCUAGAUAAAGCAUCUAUCUUGACCCGAGACAUUUCUUUCAGGAAUGAAUUCCAGGAAACUGUAAUGGUUACCGUGGAAGAUCCUGUUGUUAAAGGCUAUAUCAAUUGUGUAAGGCAUGCUUGGCUUGUUCACUUAAUGUUAACUCACGACGGACUUGAUGCUCAGGACACAGGGCUUAGUGUUUCAUCUCUUGACACACGACAUAUUAUCACAUGUUUGGAAGUCAUAAUGUCUGACAAUGUUUUCCAGUUCUGGAUGACUAACAUUCUUCAAACCCCUGCUUUUGAGAAUGAUGAUGAGGACAUGAUUUACAUGUAUCAUGCCUAUUUGCACAAGAUGAUGACUUGCUUUCUGUCUCAUCCUCUUGGCCGAGAUAAGGUGAAAGAAGCAAAAGACAAGGCCAUGACAGAACUCAGUCCAUAUCGCGUGACCAGUACUCAUGACUAUGAUAGAAGCAUGCAAACUCAAAAGGCUAAUUCAGCACCACACACUUUUGUUUCUCUUUUGGAGUUUGUUAGUGAAAUUUAUCAGAGGGAACCUGACCUGCUGUCUGGCAAUGAUGUUUUAUGGACUUUUGUCAAUUUUGCUGGAGAGGACCAUACUAAUUUUCAAACCCUGGUUGCAUUUCUGAAUAUGCUGAGCACAUUGGCUUCUACUGCUGAGGGCUCUUCCAAAGUUUUUGAGUUGCUUCAAGGAAAGACAUUCCGUUCUAUUGGGUGGAGUACUCUCUUCAGUUGUUUAUCAAUUUAUGAAGAGAAGUUCAAACAAGCCAUCCAGAGUGCCGGUGCAAUGUUACCGGAGAUACAGGAAGGAGAUGCCAAAGCUCUUGUUGCAUAUUUGAAUGUUCUGCAAAAGGUUGUUGAAAAUGCAAAUCCCAUUGAAAGGAAGAAUUGGUUUGCUGAUAUUGAGCCAUUAUUCAAAUUACUUGGAUAUGAAAAUGUUCCUCCAUAUCUUAAGGGUGCUCUGCGAAAUACAAUUGCUACUUUUGUUAAAGUUUCUCCAGUUAUGAAAGAUACAGUAUGGAGAUAUUUAGAGCAGUACGAUUUACCAGUGGUGGUUGGACAUCAUGCUGGGAACACCGGGCAACCCAUGGCAACUCAGGUUUAUGAUAUGCAAUUUGAGCUCAAUGAAAUAGAAGCAAGACGAGAACAAUACCCAUCUACUAUAUCAUUUAUUAAUUUGUUAAAUACUCUCAUUGCCGAGGAGAAGGAUGUUACUGAUAGAGGGCGCAGAUUCAUUGGCAUUUUUAAGUUCGUUUAUGAUCAGGUGUUUGGGCCAUUUCCCCAGAGAGCGUAUGCUGAUCCUUCUGAGAAAUGGCAGCUGGUUAUUGCUUGCCUCAAUCAUUUCCAAUUGAUGCUCAGUAUGUAUGACUUCAAAGACGGAGAUAUUGAAAAUAUUGCUGAUCAGUCUCGACUUUCUGAAGCGGGACAAUACUCUUCACUUCAAGUCCAGCUCCCAGUCAUAGAACUGAUGAAAGAUUUUAUGAGUGGUAAAAGUGCAUUUCGGAAUGUUAUGGGUAUUCUUUCACCAGGAGUUAAUAUCCUUAUAAAUGAAAGAACAAGUGAAGGUCACGGGCAACUUCUUGAAAAGGCUAUCCUCCUCUCGCUGGAGAUAAUAAUUCUUGUUUUAGAGAAAGAUUUGAUUGUUUCUGAUUUCUGGCGCCCUGUAUACCAGCCCUUGGAUGUCAUUCUCUCUCAAGAUCAUAAUCAAGUUCUAGCUUUGUUGGAGUAUGUCCGAUAUGAUAUGAAGCCUCGCAUUCAGCAGUGCUCCAUUAAAAUAAUGAGUGCCCUAAGUUCUCGUAUGGCUGGGCUUGUUCAACUGCUCUUGAAAUCCAAUUUGGCAGGGUCCUUGGUUGAGGAUUAUGCUGCUUGCUUAGAGUUACGUUCUGAAGAAUGCCAAUUUAUUGAGGAUAUGAGGGAAGAUCCUGGUAUACUCAUACUGCAACUUCUUAUUGAUAAUAUCAGCAGGCCUGCCCCUAAUAUCACACACUUGUUGCUCAAGUUUGAUCUUGAUAGUCCCAUUGAGCGGACUGAGCUUCAGCCUAAAUUCCAUUACAGUUGCUUGAAGGUUAUUCUUGAUCAGCUGGAAAAGCUUUUCAAGCCAGAUGCCAAUGCUUUGCUUCAUGAAUUUGGUUUUCAGCUUCUCUACGAGAUGUCCGUAGAUCCGUUAACUUGUGGUCCGAUCAUGGAUUUGUUAAGCACUAAAAGAUAUCAAUUCUUCAUAAAGCAUUUGGACACAAUUGGUGUUGCUCCACUUCCAAAAAGAAGUAUUAGCCAGUCACUUCGCAUCAGUUCCCUUCAUCAGAGAGCAUGGUUGUUGAAGCUGUUAGCUGUAGAGUUGCACUUUGCAGAUAUGUCUAGCUCCACACAUCUAGAAACUUGUCAAAAUAUUAUAUUUGAACUAUUUGGACAAGGAAUCUCUGAUGAUAACAUUUCCACAGACAAUCUCGACUUUUCUGGAUCUAGGAUGAUCAGGAAGAACAAGGUGUUGGAGUUGCUUGAUGUUGUUCAGUUUAAGAUUCCUGAUACCUCAUUGAAGUCUUCCCAGAUAGUUUCCAGUGUAAAGUAUGGUUUUCUGGCAGAGGACAUACUUAGCGAUCCUUCCACUACUGAGAAAGGUGGUUUGUAUUAUUACUCAGAGCGUGGUGACCGUUUGAUUGACCUUACUUCAUUUCGUGACAAACUUUGGGAGAAAUAUAAUUUGCAUGAUCCCCAGCUAAGCUCCUUUGGCACUGAAGUUGAACUUACUGAAAUUCGAGAAACAGUACAACAAUUGUUGAGAUGGGGAUGGAAGUACAACAAGAAUCUUGAAGAACAAGCUGCUCAGCUUCAUACGCUGACGGGCUGGUCUCAUGUUGUUGAGAUUUGUGCAUCUAGAAGAUUAUCUUCUCUCCAAAGCCAAACCGAAGUAUUAUUUCAGUUAUUAGAUGCUUCGCUCGGUGCUUCUGGAUCUCCUGACUGUUCAUUGAAAAUGGCACUUGUUUUAACCCAGGUUGGUCUAACAUGCAUGGCAAAGCUCCGCGAUGUGUGUUUCUUAUGCCCUGGCGGCUUACAAUCUGAGACCAUCACAUAUCUUGACAUAAUGAUCGCAAAGCAAUUGUCAAAUGGUGCAUGCCACUCUAUUUUGUUCAAAAUGAUAAUGGCUAUUCUGAGACAAGAAUCAUCUGAAACUUUGAGGAGACGUCAAUACACUUUGCUUCUUAGCUAUUUCCAGUACUGUCAGCAUAUCCUCGAUCCUAGUAUACCCACCUCAGUCAUGCAGUUCCUUCCGAUGGAUGAUCAGGAUAAUGAAGAUGCUGAACUUGAAAAGAUUGUCAAAGAUCAUGCCGAAUUAUCACAUGCAAACUUCUCUAUUUUAAGGAAGGAAGCUCAAGCAAUUCUUGACUUGGUCAUAAAAGAUGCAACUCAUGGAAGUGAAUCUGCAAAAACAAUUUCGCUUUAUGUUUUGGAUUCCCUUAUAUCUUAUGAUCAUGAGAAGUUUUUUUUGAACCAACUUCAAAGCAGAGGCUUCCUCAGGUCUUGCCUUAUUAGCAUCAGUAACUUUUCGUAUCAGGAUGGGUUUCCUGUUGGGUCGAUGCAGCGUGUGUGCACUCUUGAAGCAGAACUCGCUCUCUUGUUGAGAAUAAGCUAUAAAUAUAGGAAAUCAGGGGCACAAGUUCUAUUUUCAAUGGAUGCAUUGGAGCGUAUUUCUACAUGUAAAGCACUAAAAAUGCAAAUCAAGGGAAGCCGCCGCCACUUUGAGGCCAAAUAUGGGACAGAGUUGUCUGUCGAUGUUGACAAGCAACGCAUGGUGAUUGCUCCUGUACUUAGAUUGGUGUUCUCUUUGACAUCCUUGGUCGAUACGUCUGAGUUCUUUGAGGUUUCAAAUAAAGUUGUUCGGGAAGUUCUUGAUUUCAUCAGAGGGCACACAUUACUCUUUGAUCAAAUUCUUCGAGAAGAUCUUUCUGGUGCUGAUGAGUUGACAAUGGAACAGAUAAAUUUAGUGGUCAGCAUACUUACCAAGAUAUGGCCAUAUGAAGAAAGUGAUGAAUACGGGUUCGUCCAAGGGCUGUUCACCAUGAUGCGUGCUAUUUUUUCACUUGACUCAGAGUCCUUUACCUCAAGCAAGUCAAUAUGCUAUCUGGAGAACCAGAGGAAGGCUGACAUAAACAUAUCUUGUCUCUGCUUUAGUCUGAGCUCGUACCUUUAUUUCCUGGUCACAAAGAAGAAUCUGCGGUUGCAGGUCUCUGAUGGUGCAAUGGACUAUCGUUCUUCUGCUGGACAACAGCAACCAACAUUGACAACACUUGCAUUUCUCCUCUACUCUCUUACUACUGCUCUAGAGAAAGCUUCUGAAGAAAGAUUUCUUUUGUCCAACAAGAUUCAAGAUAUAAAUGAAUUAUCUAGUCAAGAAGUUGAUGAAAUAAUAAAUAUGUAUGCACGUGAAGGUUCUAUUUCAUCAUCAGAGAACAUACAGAAAAGGAGAUAUAUAGCAAUGAUGGAGAUGUGUCGCAUUGUUGGAGACAGAAAUCGGCUUAUUGCAAUAUUACUUCUGGUUUCAGAAAAUGUCAUGAAUAUUAUCCUCUUCCAUUUUCAAGACAGUUCUUACGAGUGUGAUCCCACUAAGUCCAUAAAAAGGCUCACGUAUAAUUCAAAGCCUGAUACUAAUAAUGAUGAGUUGAGCUUCCUUUGUGGGAAAGUAAUUUCUACAAUGGAAAAGCUUGGGUCGCUAAGUGAGGAUAAAAUCGGACAUGAACUAAAAGUGUUCCACAGACUGUCGAGCUCUCUUAAGGAAAUCUCAAUUCAAAAGUUGGGGUUGUGAGUCUAAAAGCUCUCACGUUUUCACAAGUCUGUAUUUCUCUCAUCCUGUUUUGUAGAGUAGUUACUGUACCAUAGCAGCCUGCAGGUCACUUUCUCAUGCCGGUCAUUUAGUAAAUAUUUUCUUACAACGAGGUUUAGAGAACAAGAAAAAACUAUUAUGGGCUUUGGCAAUUGUAUUUAAUGAGAAACUUAAUGUAUAACAAGUUCAGAUUUCAUGCAAUUUAGAUUUGUACUUUCUCGCAAGCAACCUGAUCACUGUUUUUCAAUCUUUUAAAGAUAGCACUUUUGGUCCCUCAUUUAUUGGUAUAUUGCGGAUUUAGUCCCUCAGGUAUUUAUGUGUAUACUUUUAG